AAGAAAGUUAAAAGCGCGGGAUAAAACAGCUGAUUUACGCGUGCGCCACAAUGCACGAUCUACGAAAACACAACGUUCCAUUCGUUCCAACACUGUGCGUAUUUACAAGUCACAUUGAUCAUUUAUCCGAACACGUUAUGUAUACUUAUCUUUAGAUUGAAAGAGACCUGGAGACAAUAUAACACUCGGCAGCAGUCAUGAAGUCAAGUAGGAGAAAUCCAAUUAAUAUAAAUUACAACGGCUUCUUUUAUGCGACCAUGUGCCAUGUUUGCAAACAGUUUGACGUCCGUCUAAAGAAGUGCAGCGGAUGCAAGAUGAUAUUUUAUUGUGGGCCGGAGCAUCAGAAGCAGCACUGGAGACACCACAGAUCAUUGUGCAAAGCCAUACAGGAUGUGCUGGGAACCUACAGCAUGGAGGAUCGCAAUGAAACUUUAGAGAAAUGGGACACGAAGAAGAGGAACUUUAUGCUGCUAGUAGCACUGAAGCUGAAACGUCCUCUGCAGCUGUACGAGAGGCACAUGUUCGAGUUCCCAAAGGAGUGCGCCAUUUGCCACGAACAGAAUAGCCAGUCGCUGGAGGACUGUCGAAAGUGCGCUGGCAGCUUCUGUAAAGAUCACAAAGAUGGUAUGGAGCACAGGGAUAUCUGCGCGCCUCUGGAAUUAUGUUUUCGUAUGGAUCUAACAAGUGUAACUGAGCAAAACCGUCCCUCGAGGUUGGACUACUUGCGAAAGGUGUCCUACACGGAUAAGAUUCAGAACAUAACGGACUUUAUAAAUACUUACGCGGAUAUUCGGUCGCGUUUGAAAAUGUACGAUAUCUUGGCGGCCGAACACUCGCAGUAUCUGACACGGCCCUUAACGGUGUUUCAUGCUAUGCAAUUAUUGGACUAUGUUCCAGAGCGCAAAGACCUAAUCAUUCAUGUUAUAGGAUCGAGUUACAAUGAAGAGGCCACCUUGGUAGCGUGGGAGGUCUUGUUAAAUUUAUUAGAAAUAUCGUCGCUUGUAAUCAUAAUGAUAGGGCCAGAAUUAGAAUGUAUUUCCAAUCCGCUUUCCGUUUGCAUGUCGCGACAGAAAGAAUGUUGGUUUAAGUUUCACAGCGGAUUGUACGAGAGCUACGUGCACGAUUCGUCGUUCGCGAAGCCGGACCUGAUUGUAGGAUUUAACUCUGGUAUUCACGAGCAGGAGUUUGGGUCCAUUGAGGAAACGUGGUCGCCGUCCAUACGCUUGAUUGCGAAACAAAAUUGUCCGGUUAUCUUAACGUGUUACACGCGAGAAGAAUUAAAAAACGGGGUAGAAAGAGUUAACACCAUCCUGGAUAAAAAUAUAGAUUAUCUGUAUGGCAGAAGGAAUUCAUUCGCCAGUUUAAGGCCGCACAGGAAUCUUGGACCGGAGAAAGUGUUUUAUGAAAAUAAUUAUAUAAUCGUCUAUAGGAGUCUUUGCAUGGAAUCAAAGACGAGAAUUAAAGAUAUCGAUUAUAACAGCUUCUUCUAUGCCACCACGUGCCACGUUUGCAAACGGUUUGGUGAUGGGGUCAAUUUAAAGGCUUGCAGUGGCUGCAAUUUGAUCUCUUAUUGUAGUACGGAGCAUCAGAAGCAACAUUGGAAGGAGCACUUGUCAUUAUGUGCCGCCGUAAUGUGCGUGCUAACCUGCGGCACGGAAAAAUUCCAUGAAAUUUUGGACUAUCGGAACCAGAAGAGGUUCAAGUUUAUGCAGCUAAUGGAAAACAUUCUGGAACGUAGUUUGAAGAAAUAUGAAAAACAAAUGUUUAUAUUUCCAAGAGAGUGCGCCGUCUGCCACGAACUGACUGGUAAGUUGCUAAAGGAUUGUGAGAACUGCGCUGCCAGCUAUUGUACAAAACACGUAGACGGUACUGAGCACAAGGAUAUCUGCGUGACCCUGGAAUUAUGUUUUCGAUUUAAUUUCGUAACUGCAAGCGAGGAGCACGAUUAUAUGAGUCAUAUAAAUUACUUGCACCAAGUUUCCAACACGCGUACGUUUCACGACAUAAGCGACUUUAUAAAUAUUUAUGGGAAUGUUCAGACGCAGUUGAAAAUGUCUUCUGUUCGUGUGGAAAACUCAUAUGAAAUGUCGAAGAUGGUACAGUCGGAGUAUCUAUCGUAUCCCUUAACACUGUUUCACGCUAUGCGAGUAUUAGAUUACGUUCCAAAACGCAAGACCCUAGUCAUUCAUAUUAUAGGCUCGACUAUCGUCGAAAUGACUACCUUACAAACAUGGCGAGCUUUUAUAAAUUUAACAGACACAUCAUCACUGUUGAUUAUAAUGAUAGGGCAGUAUUUAAAAUUCGUGCAGUCACCCAUUUGGUUUACGUCGGGGCAGAAAAAAUAUUCGGUUGAAUUUCACUGUGAAUUGUACGAGAACUAUGUACGCGGCCCAUCUUUUGUGAAACCAGAUCUGGUCCUAGGAUAUCACGUGAAUAUUCAUAAAAGUGGGCCCUUUGCGGAAUCGUGGUCAGCGCCCAUACAGCUAUUGGCGAAACAAAAUUGUCCGUUCGUUUUAACAUGUUUUACGGAACUACAAUCAAAAUUAAACAUUGAAAGAAUUAAUAGCAUCCUAAAGAGGAAGGUAAAGUAUCUGUACGGCGGAAAGAAUCCAUUCGCCAGUUUAAUACCACACAGAUACCCCGACACGGAAAAAAUCAUGUAUGAAAAUCACUAUAUAAUCGUCUAUAGAAGUCUUGGCCUCUAAAUAAGCGAAACUUUGAGCGACCGGUACAAACUAAAAACUGGGUGUUUGAUACCGAAGAAAUUGUAACGCCAGCGAAAUGAAUUAAAUCAAGCUUAAUGUGUACUCGACGCAAUGGAAAAUGUAGAAAAAUUUUGUAUUACUAUCACGGCGAGUCGAAACAUGGUCUCGAAACAAACAAACAAGCCCCGAUCUAAUAUUUUACAGGAAGCUUACAUAUUUGUAAUCUAAAAAUCCUAGAAAACAUUCUUAUAAAGUCAAUUGUAUCACACUUCCUAUAUUACUCGAGCAUAAUAGAUUAUAAAUAUAAUAGUUGGCACGUGGAUGCAGUAAUUUGUAUAAUUCACGCCAAAUGAAAGACAUUAAAUCGAACUUAACGUUUAGUAGACGCUGCGAAGAUCGCAGAGAAAAGUACAUACUCACCGUACGUGUCUUCACGAAACAAAAAGUGUCAGAUCAUCUGUUAUUCCACAGGAAGCUUGCAUAUUUAUCACUUAAAAAUCCUAGAGAUUUUUCUUUAUUCGUAUAAUAUCGAUUGUUCAGUAUUAUUCGAGCAUAAUGGAUCAUAAGUAUAUUUGUGAUUUUUAUAAUAGGUUAUAAAUAUAACCCAUUAUAAAUAUAAAUUAUA